AAUUUACGUGCUCGUCGACUCCCAUCCCCAUAUUCCAUGUCGGCGACUUGACCGAGUCCAGCAUGAGCGAUGCUAUAGAACCAUCCGCACAGCCUCAUGCGCUAUCACGGUUUGUGCCUGUCUGUCUAUUUACGGUGGAACAGGUGGCCUUGGUCUGAUUUAGAUAUGGUGAUUGUCGCAUAGGUCGCCUGAGCUUUCUCUGAACUGACCCUAGAGGACGGGUUGUGACAAUGACGACCGAAGAUGAUUCUGCUAGCUCUAAUUUCGUCUCGAACCUGGCACUUCGAGUCAAGGCGAAAUUCAAGCCUGUCAAUCAGAAGCGGCGAAAUGUCAAGAGCAAAGCUCCUGAAGAAGGGAGAUCUGAAAAUUUAGCGACUCGAGGGAAAGGAGAACAUCAACCUCAAGAUACAAAGAAGUCUGAGAUUCAGCGGCGCCAAAGUCAAGAAGAUGCCAAGUCAAGAAACAGCAGUGGAGUUCUCGAGUCCAACAGCGCGGUCAAGCCAACACUGUUCACUCCGAAAGCAGACACGCACGAUAUCAGGGAGAAAGCCAAAAAGUGGUACGAUGAUGUCGAAUUGGAAAGAAGCACGGAAUUAUCUGCGCUUCAUCUACAUGUCUCAGAUAUAACCAUCAAACUUCCAGAAAACUCUCCUGAGAACGAGGAGUUGAAGACCUUGGUCAACUACGCCAACGACCCUCCGGCUACGGUUGAAGAUAGAAAGCGAAGUAUUGAGAUGCUGCAGACAUGUCUUAGUGACCGCAAACAGCGAGAGGAUGACAAAGUUUUGGAAGCAGAUCAAAAGCAGAAAGGGAAGCAAAGCCAGUGCGGAGCAUUCUCGACCAGAUUGCACGGUAUCAUUGACAGCCUGACUCCUCAGGUGACUAAAGUGUUCGAGUUCGUCUUGAUAGUGCUGCAAGGCGGCGUCCAAGUCCUACAGGCGACAGCGUUCCUCGCCAGCGAGAUCACAUUCCAGACGCAUUACGAGGUGGCCAUAAAAGCCAUCAUGUUGUUCGUGACUGCGUACGAAAAGUCCAGAGAGCUCACUGAUGAUGUGGUGUCCAUGUUCGACAGCAUCGGUAUGUAUGGACAAGAAAUGGAGACACUGCAGGAUGUUAUUAGAUCUGCUUCAAUGUCAAGGGCAAUCAACAGGCUGUUUGUUUCUAGCGUCACCCUCAUUGUCAGUGCUGGAUCGUACAUGAACCACGGAACUCUCUGUAAGUACAAGGACUAUCUGCACAUGAUCUGUACCGACUGAUCGUGAUGCAGCUAAGAUGGCCAAGUAUCUGGGAGGUGGGAACGACAGACUAAAUGAACUCAUCAAGGCUGUCAAGAAUGAUUAUGCCGAAUUGACCCGGGUGAUGAACUUCGCCCACGUAAUGGUC